GUGAACCGGAUGAGGAGGGUUUGGUUGUUGUUUCUAGAACACAACACAGAUCUUUCUCUCAAGAGGAUUUUCUAUGUUCGCGGUGUUUCGCCUCGCUUAAUGACAACUUAGGGAAACUGGUCAGGUAUCACUAAACGAAUACAUAACGGAACUUGUCUCUUAUUAAUCUGGGAAGCUCUCCGUAGUUUAAGGGUCUGAAUGUACAGCAGCUGAUGAGAUAUGGCGGACAGAAGCUGAAGGGAGUUGAUUUCAUCGAGGGUUUCCUCUUGGUUUGCUUCUCCUUCCUCCAGUACUCGGCUGGUUUUAACAGCAGGGCUGGUUUACAGGCACAAAGGCUGCCUGAGGUCAGUGUUUGUCUAUUGGUACGUUAAGUGGGAACGUUAGCUGUUGCUAUUAGCUAAGUAAGUGAGCUGUAGACAGCUAGGGAUCAUGGAUUUCGACAACGUGCUGUCCAUUGCCUCCCAAAACCAAGGCCUCAGCAGCAUACCGAAGCGGUACAGCCUGAAAACCGGUCCACCCAAGAAAGAUGUCAAAAUCAAGGGAGUAAAUUCGUCUGCGGUGCAGGCCUUCUUGAAAAAACAGGCCAUGGAGCAAAAUAAAAAAGAACUACAGAGUAAGAAAGCAAAAGAGGACCUGCUGGCCAAAAGAGUGGAGCUGAAAUCAGAUAGGAAGGCAAGAGCAAUGGCUUCCCGAACUAAGGACAAUUUCAGAGGUUACAAUGGCGUCCCUGUCAUAGACCAGCCCAAAAAAAGGCGGUCGAAGGGGGAGAGAUCGGAAGAGCAGCAAACAUCGAACACAUAUGAUGAUGAUGAUGAUGAUGAGUAUGAUGAUGAUGAUGAUGAUGGUGAUAAUUACGGCUGUUAGGGAAAUGAUUCUGAAUCUGAAGAACAAAGCAUGCCUGUUAAGCCUCCGUCUCGGCCUGAGUUCUCAAACAAAGUCGACAGCAAACCGAAAAGACACAGUGCUCCAGCAAGGCCCCCUCCAUCAUCAAUGAACUUUGCGGACCUCUUGAAACUUGCGGAAAAGAAGCAGUUUGAACCUGUUGAAAUGAAAGUAGUGAAGAAGACCGAAGAGAGGCUUAGAACAGCCGAGGAGAUUCGAGAACUCGAAAUAGAGCGCAGAGUCAAGAAUCAGGAUAGAGGGAAAGAGGCCAAACCAGACAAGAAUUCAGGACACAAAGACAGCCGAUCCCAAUCCAGCUCAAAUUCACAAAAGAAGCAUGUAGACCGAGAUGGCAAAAUUGGGAAAUUGCCCAAGCCAUCAGGGGAAAAGUACCAGUCAAGUAGUACCAGCAAAAAGCCAAAGCUUCAAUCAUCCAGUGAAAGAAUUCCAAGUUCUGUCAAACUACACGGAGACAGAAACUCAGGCUCCUCAGGUGCCUUAAAUGGUAAAGCUGCCAUGAAGAACAGUGCUCCGUUUCAAUUGAAACCAGCACCAUCCAGACCCUCACAAGGCCAAAGGCCCACAACCUCAAGUGACCUUACCCCAAAGAAGGGGAAUACCUCAGUACCUCAAGGGAAAUCAAGUAUUUUGGGAAGUCGUGCUGGAGUUGCUCCUGGUGCAGCUAGACCAAGUCAAGCACCACACAAAAACUCUGGGCAAGUUAGACCUAGUAACUCCGGUGGGCAACCUCAGAAACCAGCUAAACUAGGACAUUUAUCACGGCCUGGGAGCAACAGACUUGUACUUUUACCCUCUUCUGGUGACCCCUCAAAGCAACCAAGGCCAGGUGGUAGUUUGCCAGGUCAGCAGGUUCCUGGAAGCUCCAAGGCCACCAUAAAUGGACCAAGCAGGAUGGGAAGUAAUGUUUCUGGGAGACCGGUAAACAUCAUGGGCUCUGGCCCUGGAAUAUCUCAGUGCACUGUUGUUUCAGAGACUGUUUCAUCAAAGAACUUUGCACCGAGACCUGGGAUGGUUCCAAGACCUCCGGGACCUCAAGGCCCCAGGACAUUGAUUGGCCCCUCAGGCCACAGAGUCCUGGUUAAACCUCCUGGACCAGUGUUGCCCCCCAUAACAUCCAAUUAUAAACGAAAGUAUGAGGAUGAGGAAGAGUAUGACUCUGAGAUGGAUGACUUCAUCGACGAUGGAGGAGGAGAACAAGAUGAAAUUUCAAAACAUAUCAGGGAAAUCUUUGGCUAUGACAGGACCAAAUAUAAAGAUGAAAGUGAAUAUGCACUGAAAUUUAUGGAGAGCACCUGGAAAGAACAGCAGAAAGAGGAAGCGAGGAGUUUACGCCUGGGCAUCAAGGAGGAUGAAGAGGACAUCCGUAUGGAGGAGGAGGAGAUGAAAAGAAAACUAGGGAUGAAAGCAAAGCAGAAAAAGAUUUAGUUUACCUUACUUGACUUUGAUAUAGUCUUAUUUGGUUGGGAGGAACCGAGUGGAAUGGAAAUGCCUUCCUUGUGCCGCUGACAUUGUUACACUAUUUAUUUGAAUGCCCAAGCCAUGGGAGCAGGAUUGCACUAUCAAGAGCCCAUCUGACAUAGCUGAUCUUCGGAGAAAAUAAUAUAUGAAAUUAAUAUCUGAGAAUCACGAUAGCAUUUUUUGUAUCUCUAGAAACCAUGAAAGUAUAUCUAUGUGGAUGCCUUACUCGAGCACCAAGUUCCAGAUUGGUCCUGAUUUAAGGAGAGUUAGUUAAUAAGUGUAUAAGACUGCCAUGUACUUUUUGUUAAAGUGAUUUUUGACCGAUUCUGUUGUCCUGUCAUUUGUUAAUUCU